UGCAGAAAGAACUUACAGAACCAAGGCCAUCAUCUCCGUGGAUGCCAUCGGUGAUGAAGCCAGCAGCAAGCCAAAUCGGCAGGACUCAUGUCGCGGUACUAUCACGCCGGAUCCCGUACUUUGUGAGAUUCUGGGCCAAUGUGUACGCCGUCCUCCUGCGAGUGGACUCCAUCGUUGCCACUUCUCAGCUCAGUCUCAGCCGAAGGUGAUCAUCUGUAGGUCUUAUCGGCAUGUCCCGGCCAAGUACGUGUACCAGACAUGACGAGUGAGCUGUACGCCUAAGCAGCAUGUCCUAUCAAUGUAUCUGUACGUCCAAAUGGCAGUGGCUGCCACCUCGGUAAGUGACUUGCCUGUACGCCUUGCUAGGCCGUCCUGUACUUUGUCUGCACGGCCACAUAGGCUGCCCUGUCAGACUAUCUGUACGAUCAAGAAGCUGUCCAUCCAAGUGACCUGGACGCUUGAGUAGAGUGUCCUGCUAAUUCAUCUGCACGCGGAAUGGAGUGUGUCGGCAGGUCACCUGUACCCGGAUCGCAUGACCCGGACUCCGGGAUGUCAAGGUCAUUAUCAAGACG